UGAAUGAUUGAAUUAUUGCAGGGUAAAGGGCAGAUGCUCACACAUUGGUUGAUAGGUGAAGAGAUUGAGAGGAGUAAGGCUCGCCUACGAGAGUCUAAUCAAUCUAUUCAAAGCUCUAAAAGACUGAGUGAGACGCCAGAUCUCCUGAGACAAACUGGAAAUGAUUUAGUAUCUCAUGCUUUUGAAAGAACUGAUGCACACUUACUGAGUCAACUGCACUUGAGAGCUGUCAAAUCAUGCUCCGGUCACCACAGUCAAGAAAUGCUGAUUGCUCUGAGCAAGAGGAAAAUGUCACCAGCCAGAAGGACAGGCUACCAUUCGGCUCCAGUUAUUACAUUCAAGGACACCAGUUUUGCCUGAGAGGAUUAUCUUUACCUUCUACCUGAAAAUUAUGUAUAUAUCUGUGUUUCAAUAUUUAUGUAUUUUUAAUAAAUAAAUAACAAAACCACCA